AGUUUGUUAGAACUGCAGAUAGCCUACUAAACUAAACAAGCGAACUAAAAUCAUUUCAAACUGUUGCGUAUAUAUAGUAUAGUGUAUAAAGUUUGGCACGUGUGUCCCUCCCUCCAAGCAACCCAGCUUGGCACGAGCGAAGAGGGUAGAGUCUUGAGACUUCAACAGCCUCGUGGCAGCAGUAGCGGCAGAAGCAGGCAAGCAGGCAUCAGUCAGCAGUCACGCUCCCGCUCCCGCAGGCGCGCACACCGCCGGAGGUGGGGAGGGGGUCGCUGCCUGUCGAUGUUAAAAGUUGCACAACAACAAGGACCAAUGUAACUUGUUGGAACGUUUCAGUCAAGGCUAACUUUUGUCUUUUUCUGCUUGUUGGUAGACUAAUCCUUGUGUGGGAAGGCUAUAUCGACCUCUUCGAGGUGUAGCCUACAACGUGUUGUUUACUAUUUCUGAUUACCGUGAGGGCUAUCCACAGCUAGCUGCAAGUUAGCCUUCUACUUCGAGCAACUGGCAAUUUCUUUGAGGUGAUGCCACCAUGGAAACGCAGAAGAAUGAGGCCACGUUAGACAACCACAAACCAUUAUACAAGAUUCAGGAGGAUCAGAAAAAUGUGCCAAGCUGCACAUAUUGUUGCACUCUUGCAAAUUUUCGUAUUGAAAAGAAGAUUGGUCGUGGUCAGUUCAGUGAAGUCUACAAAGCCACAUAUCUGCUGGAAGGACAACUAGUUGCACUCAAAAAAGUUCAGAUCUUCGAGAUGAUGGAUGCCAAAGCUCGUCAGGACUGCAUAAAAGAAAUAGAUUUACUUAAGCAACUUAAUCAUCCAAAUAUAAUCAAGUACCUAGACUCUUUUAUCGAAGACAAUGAACUUAACAUUGUUCUGGAGCUGGCUGAUGCUGGUGAUCUGUCCCAAAUGAUUAAGUAUUUCAAGAAGAAGCGACGGCUGAUUCCAGAGAGAACAAUAUGGAAGUAUUUUGUACAACUGUGCAGUGCUCUGGAGCAUAUGCAUUCACGAAGAGUAAUGCACAGGGAUAUCAAACCAGCCAAUGUGUUCAUUACAGCCACUGGAGAAGUAAAGUUGGGAGAUCUUGGAUUAGGACGCUUCUUUAGCUCAAAAACCACUGCAGCUCACUCCUUAGUUGGGACACCAUACUAUAUGUCACCAGAACGCAUCCAUGAGAAUGGAUAUAAUUUUAAGUCAGACAUCUGGUCCUUGGGAUGUCUUCUUUAUGAGAUGGCUGCUCUGCAGAGUCCUUUUUAUGGGGAUAAGAUGAAUCUCCUGUCCCUCUGUCAGAAGAUUGAACAGUGUGAUUAUCCUCCUCUCCCAGCUGAUCACUACUCUGAGAAGCUGAGAGACCUGGUCAGCAUGUGCAUUAAUCCAGACCCAGACCAGAGACCGGACAUUGUCUUUGUGAUGCAAUUUGCCAAACAGAUGCACAUGUGGACUUCAAGCACCUGAACAUUAUCUCUGCUUUCGGGCACAACUGCUUAAGGACCUCAAAACCACUGGACAUAAGCUAUGUCUCCCUCUACAGAAAACAGACCUUUAUCUGAACCCUUCAGAGCUCAAGAACACCCCACAAAAACUGUACAAGCGUGAUCUUUUCACAGCUAUUGCAGCUCUGUCGUGGAGGACUGAGCUGUUGGAAGAAGUUCAUCAAGGGUGUUCAGUAUGCCCUUCUAUUUACAGUUCUCCCGAUUAAAGUUGGUUUGAUGUCAGGUUUGUGUUAUAUUUGUUUUUGCAUAACUCCACCAGAAUUGCAUUCCAAAGAUAAUUAAUGUGUUACUAGAAGCUAUUGAAUGAGAUACUCACAAUACAUGAGGUUCAUACCUCACUCAUAAGGGGUCCUUUUAAAGUAUUUGUGUUGUGAAGAUAAUUAUUCAUUACAUAAAUUCAUAUGUAAUACAUAAAUACUCGAAGCUAUUGUUCAGGAAGUAAAGAUUACUUUAUUAGGCAUAUCAUGGUGGUUAUGUUCCUUAAAUAUAAUUUUGCAAUGAAAAUGCAGUGUUAUGUGAUGCUUGAUAGAUUUAAUCUACAUUUCUCUAUGCCUGUAUAGACCUCGGUCACUGUGAAACACGCCUUGUUAACAAGAUGCUGUGAAAUACUUUUGUUUCUUCUGUUAAGUCUUGUAGAUAAGAUGUACUCUUUACAAAGUGUUAUCAACCACUUACUGUACUUAUUGAAUUGUGACCUUGCCUCAA